UUGCACUAUGGUUGAAGGAAUCAACGCUAUUAUCGCCAUCAUUAAGAAGAAGAAAGAAGAGCACGAUGGCGGCUGGCUAUGACAAAUUUGCGAUACCCGAGUCACCGGCACAUCUAAAAGAACGCGCCCAGACAAGACUACCGCUGGAUCCCAGGUACUUCGCAGCCUGCAACGCCAGUUGCGAUUGCUCUGUCGACGACCCGAGACCCCGGUCAUUGCGCCAGUACGCUGUGUUCGUCUCGGCCGUGGCGCUGUCCACGCUGGCUCUAACGUUCGCAGUGCCUCAGUUGGUGCGUCGUCUGGCCAUGGGCUGUGCGUACCCCGACUGCCAGGACCCGGGCGCGGACAUCGCCCGCUCACUGAAGCAAGUGCACGUGGAUCCGUGCCAGGACUUCUACGGCUACGUGUGCGCUGGAUGGCUGCAGGAGAACCCGGAUGCAGAAAACCACUUCGAGGCACGCAAUACAUAUCAUGCUUUGCAAUUGCGUUUUUCUUUCUUUUUCGAUUUUAUUUCAGAGCGAAGCAAUCGUUUCUUCUUCCCACCACUUUCGUUGUGCUGUCUGCUGCCUUAAGCGAUAGGUCCCACGGAGGGUCAAGGUUCGAACUAGCGUCAUCAGCCAUGUGAUGAUACUAGUGGUUGGCUAGUGUGCUCGGGUCAGCAAAGCAGCACCUUUAAAUCGAAGCGCCCUCUACCCCUUCUCCCGACUGUGCUGCUUCUGGCUUAAGUCUUG